GAUGACGUCAGAAAGGAAGUGUUUUGGAGCUGGAACCGUUUGGAGGAGCAUCUUUUGCAGCAGCAUCAACCAUCUAGCUAACCUUUACACUUAAAUAUGCCAAGAGCUGAGGGGCUAUUCACUGAACUCAUUCAGGGCUGGGCCAUGUGGUGAUGAGCGGUAUGCCAUGCAGAGGAGACACAGCAGCAACACGGAUGGCAUGCCCUCUGAAAGACUGUGCAAGCCACUGCCCCAGAAUGCAACUUAAAGUACAGUAUGUUCCAGCAAAGAAGAGCAGAGCGGAUCGUCAUCGUCUGUGGAGCCGAAGCCAAACUCUGGGAUCAGAGAGCAGCCUGGAUGAGGGUGGUGUGUUCGACUGCCUGAAGCCCGACUCACCCGCUUCACCCCAGCAGAUCUUCUCCGGCCUGGUUGGUGUCCCCUCCGGCUCUGUCUCCUCUGCCCAAUUCCAGGCCGCCGGCUUAGUCCUGGGCUCUCCCCCCGAAGUUUUUAUCCAGAUGACCGCAUCGUCCAGAGAAGAAGGAGGCCCCCACCGCACGGAGGCUGGACCUUUUCUCCCUCGGCCUCCCCCGCACCACCAUCACCACCACCACCACUUCCACCACCAGGCCCUGCAGCACAGGACCUCCUCUCUACUCCAGCAGGCCACCACGGGAGCCGGCUCGGAGAGGCACAGCUCCAGGGAGGAGGCCCAGGAAGACCCGUCCACCCCGGCACCAGCCCUGUCUGAGCUGAAGGCAGUAGUCACAUGGCUGCAGAGAGGCUUCCCCUUCAUCCUCAUUCUGCUGGCUAAAGUCUGCUUCCAGCAUAAGCUAGGUAUUGCUGUAUGUGUGGGCAUGGCUAGCACAUUUGCCUAUGCCAAUUCCACGUUUAGGCACCAAGUCUCAUUACGGGCCGAGCGUUCUGUAUUUGUUGCUCUGUGGAUCAUCAUGUUCCUCGCAGGGAAUAUCGUGUAUAUCUACUACACAUUCAGUCAUGAGGAGCUGCACAACAGCCUCAUAUUUGCCAAGCCCAACCUCAGCAGCUUUGACUUCUUUGAUCUGAUCUGGGCCGUGGGCAUCACUGACUUCGUCCUCAAGUACUUCACCAUCGGCCUGAAAUGCUUCGUCCUCUUUUUGCCCAAGAUUCUCCUGGCCUUCAAAUCCAGGGGUAAGUUCUACCUGCUGAUCGAGGAGCUGAGCCAGCUGUUUCGGGCCCUGGUGCCCAUCCAGCUGUGGUACAAGUACAUCAUGGGAGAAGACCCGUCCAACAGUUACUUCCUGGGAGCCACACUCAUCAUCAUCUACAGCCUCUGCAAGUCCUUCGACAUCUGUGGACGCGUGUCCGCCAUACGCAAGGCCUUGAUGCUCUGCGGCUCCCAGAGUUAUGGAAUGAGGGCAGGCAAUCAGCAGUGCAGCGAGGCGGGAGAUGUCUGUGCUAUUUGUCAGGCUGAUUUCAGAGAUCCCAUAGCUCUUCUCUGUCAGCACGUGUUCUGCGAGGAGUGCCUGUGCUUGUGGUUCGACCGAGAGAGAACAUGCCCGCUGUGUCGCUCCACGGUCAUCGAGACCCUGCGAUGCUGGAAGGACGGCACCACAUCGGCUCAUUUCCAGAUCUACUGAGCUCUGACGACGCGAUCAUAAUAUGCACCGAGAAAGAUGUGAUUGUGCUGUAAUGCGAGUUAGACAAUGGUGUGUCAUCUUUCGCUGUUUAUCUUGGCGCGGUAACUCUUUAAAUCAGGGUAAGCUUAACACUGCAGUAACACACAAUACGCCAUGUCAGAGGCAAUUAUAAAAGAUCAGAACAGGACACAUGCUAAUCACAUUAAUUUCAGUGCGGACGAGUUGAGCAUCUUAUGAAGCUGGAACCAAAUUGUCAUCAUGGUAUCACUUAAAAGAAACAUAAAGCUUGGACUAUUGUCAGUUUUACAAUUGGACUACGGGGCUCCAAAGUGUGACCAUUUUGGUUGCACAUGCGACCAAAAAUCUGUCAUGUGCGACUUAACAUUUUCAUUGGUCGCACCGGUGCGCCGGACAUUUAGCAGGUCUGUCUCUGUGUGUGUGAAACAGCGCCCUGUACUCCUCCUCGAGCAACAUCACAACCUUAAAACAUACCAGUUAUUCAGAAUGAAGAGAAGUAUUGAUUGUUUUUUUGUCAAUUAAAAUGCUGUGGUGCCCGUUACACCUGUCCCCGACAUCAAAACCGCUCCACCACUUGUCUCCCCUGUCCCCGGUAAGAUGCCUAAUCCUGAUGGAUCCUGGAGGUGCCGGACCACACACUCACUAUGCACACAUUAUGCUACUCUUAUACCAACAACGUAAUAAUGUAAACAUUUGGAUUGCACUCAAACACAGCCUUGGCCAUUUUCUCACGGUAGUACUGCAAGCAUUAAAGCCUCGCGUGGCAUUUUACGUUUCAUGGGACAGGGGCGUAAAGUCUUCGAGCCACCCCCUACUUCUGCCGCCCUUCUGACCCAACAUAUUCAGUGGCGAUGGCCUCAUCUUAAUCUACACCUUUAUUCCUGUUUAAAAUCAUUUACAUUAUGUCUUAAGAAAUUGCCAAUGUGUAUGGGAACUGACAAAAAAGGUAACGCUUAAAAUGUAUUGUUGCGGCGGCAAAAGGCACAGUGAAAAAGUUUGGGUGCACCUAAAUGAAAAAGUUAGGCGCACCAGUGCAACCAAUGUAAAAAGUUAAUCCGGAGCCCUGGACUGUUAUCAUACAGUUAUGGCGAGAGUCACAUUUUUUUGUGUACAUGUAGACUUCGCCAGGGUUGUUAACUGUGAACAACAUUUUAUUUUACACAUGAUAAAAGAAUGUUACUUUGAUUUAGUGUGGUGAUAAUGUAAAUAGUCACAGCAUUCACACUCUAUUUGUGGUCAAUUUGGCACAUUUUUUUGUAUAUUUUAUGAUUUUGUCAUAUCUGUGUACAGUCUAUAUCACAUUUUCUUUUAUUCUACAAUUUGGUAUUUAACAAUUCUUAUUUGGUAUUUAGUUUCAAGUUUUUAAAUAUUAAUUUUGAAACACCCUUUGAACACAGUAAAAUGUCUCAGACUGAUCGUAAGUAGAAAAUCAGUAUGUCUCUGUAGGUAAAAAUAAAGUUCUUGGUUAACAAACGAUAAGGUUAUUUAGAUAUUGAGUAAUGAACGUAAGGUGGUGUGUGUGCCAGCAAGGCACCGUAAUCAUAACAUGUUGUAGAUUUGUAUCAAGUGUGGUGCAGAUAUUGAAGUCAGUAGGAUUUGACUUUCCAUACAUUUCCACUUGUAUUUCCUUUGAGUGGGAGCUCAUGUUCCAAUCUUCAUUUCGUCAUUAUUCCAUAUGGAUAUUAUUAGUAUAUGAAUCAUUUUCUGUCAUCCUUGGGUUGCAUAAUAGACACUGUGACUAUUCAAUGCGGAGGUUUUCAGUUUUAAAUUAAAGCACUUUAGCUCAC